AUGAAGUCUUUCAUCGUUGCUACUCUGUUGGUUGCUGGCGUUCUUGCGGCCCCUUCAUCUGACGUGAAGGCCGUCAAACGUCAAAGCCAGCUUUGUCCUGGUGGCCUCGAGUCUACCCCCCAGUGUUGCGCUACUGAUGUGCUUGGCGUUGCCGACUUGGAUUGUGCGAACCCCUCCAGCCCUGUCACCGAUGCCCAGUCUUUCCAGGCUGCGUGCGCCGCCGUAGGCCAACGGGCUCGUUGCUGUGCCAUCCCAGUUCUUGGUCAAGAUUUGCUCUGCACGAGCCCAGUAGGCGUAUAA